AUGGCUUUGAACCAGCGACGCAGAAGUGAACCACCUUCACUACAUCAAACUCAACAUGCUCAGGGUGGCGCCAUAUCAUUGCGGACAAGUUUGGCCACCCAUCUCGCACAAGCAAUCCAUCACUGCGUAGAAGCAACCAGACGGCAGUUAAAUUUUUUCAAAACAAGGAAAGAAAAAAGGCAAUCACUGGGUGAAGAGGAGGAUCACCUUCCAAAGCCGAAGCUUGCAGUAGUUGACGCGAAAUAUGCCCUAGAAAAGGAGGUCUCCUUGUUGCUAACAGGAUCGAUCUCACAAAGGAUACAUCCCUGGUUCAAGAGCAUGUUGCGAUGCUCCUCUGGAACAUCAGUUGUCCUGCGAAGACCUUACACAAACUGCGAGAGAUGAUACUUUUCAAAUGAGGCGCUUCCCCAAGAUGGUAGAUAAUAAUCAAACUUAAAUAGCUAACGAAACACGAAACAGCCUUAGACUAUUAGACAACCAACUAGACAAUCAGUGUAUGUGUAAGCUCCACAAAAGAACUUAUUACCUCAAGUUUAUAGGUAUGAAUAUAAAAUCUUUUUUCAAA